UUCUUCUAUGCUCUCCUCGCCCUCUUCAGCCUGCGCCUACAAGUCCUCUCGUGAGUCGUUUCUUCAGUCGUGUCUUGUCUCUGUCAGCUGGGAUGAGCAUUCAUUGCCCUAAUCUUGUCCCCACUCAGAACCUCUAGCAAGGUCUUGGGUGAGGCAGGUAGCCCCGGCAAGAUCGGGUUGCUUGCGGACUCAAUUACACAUGAUCUGAUUCGCACGCUCGGGAUACCUUUCACUGGAUGGACGUACGCUGACCUUAUUCAGAUGCAGUCAAGGUCGGUUUUCAAGACUUCUCUUUUCAUAACGUGAGUACCCCUGUCAAUUUACACUCUUCUUUUAUGGAACGCUAUGAAGAUAAAACACAUUCCAUACAUACUUUACCUCAUUCGCUGGCGAUAAAUCGCGAUUAGCGUGACAUUUCAGCCUUGACUGAGCGUUCCAUCCCUAGACCCGCUGAAUUGUGUAGUCAACGUGCGCUAACGCUCUUCGCUUGUUAGUUUCUCGAUUGGACGCGACCUCAUGGAUAUGAAUGGUGUCCGCCAACGCGUUCAUGCUAAAUGCCCCUCCUUGUCCCUUUGGCGAAUCUUCAAACUGCAGACCAUUGGCGACUCUUCGUGCUUACCUGGGGAGCGGUUCUCGUGUACCUUCACUUGUGAGUUCAUCUUAUGCCAUCUCUGUCUCAUGUCUGUUGGGGAAUGUCUCGCCGUCGUGCCGCAAGUCAGCGCAAUGCAACGGCUCUCGGUGCUUGCUGUCCUCAUUCGUACACACACUUAGAUGGUUAUCAUGUCUUUGUCUCUAUGCACAUACGGUUUCUCUUUCCUCAUUCUGCCCAACAUUAGACACAAGUGCAGGAGCUUGUAGACAACCAUGAUCCAUCUACGUAUUCGAGACGUAAAUAUAUCUCCACUUGCGAUGCUGUGUCUGGUACUGUGCGCAGGACAAAAUCUGCCAGUUAAUAAAGCCUAGAAGGCAGGGAAGGG